CAUACAAGCUUCGUAACUUGAAAAACAAUUAUAAAUGGCUCUAGUAGCAAAUAGCCCAAUAGUUUGUUUAACGGUCUAAAGUAGAUGGGCUGGUAAAGUUUUGUCUUCUUUUUCGAUACGGGUUUACAAAAAAAAAAAUCACAGUAAUUGGUACAAGUAUACCCUUUUUUCACAUUUGACAUUGGGUUAUUGCAGAUUAAACGAAAAAGAGUGUAUAUAACUCGAUUGUAGGCAUUUUAUCUGUACCCGGGGGAGAAAAAGUUCGUGUAGAACAUUUGAUAGGUCGAUUUAAUCCUAGGCGUCCAUGAAGGGGUUUAAGAAAUCGUUCGAUUAGCGUUAAUCUCUAUGUGUCCGAAAAGGUUUUUGUAGUCAAUCUUAAUGUACUUAGCAACAAAAAUAGCUCACCAUGUGUCGGGUAUGUUUUCUGACGGACGUAACUUUUAAAGAGGUAUGAAUUAGAAUCAGGAUUCUGUAGGAAAACAUGCCGGGUGAUAUAGCAUCGCCUGAUCUUAGGUUCGCCCGUCCAAAAACGAGCCCCGGUGUCACCCCCCAGACAAGCGGGGGUAAACCGGAGGCCACCGACAAUACUGAGGAAUAUCAUGUAGAACUGUUGGAAUACGAAUGGCCGGAUCUUCCGCCAAUCCCACAAAUGAAGGAUGCCAUCACGCGAGAGCGAGUCAGCAAAGGCAUUAGUUACAUUCUGCCUAUUGAUAAGUCAAUGAUCUCAAUUAAUAACCACUAUCGGACAGACCUCCGGGCAAUGUUCCAAGAGCCGUACGCAAGCGAUAAACUCAGGUUCGACGAAAAUAAAUUGAAAUUAAGUGCAAAAAUUCAUUUUGAUACAAAUACGGGAGAUACAAAGUGGACAAGAAAGCUGUUAAAGUCUGUUCCGGUGGAAAUUAAUUCAGAGUCGGACAAAAUAAGGAAACUGUAUGCCAGAUCCGCUCCUGCGGGUGGCUCUAGGCGGUCAAAUUUCGAUCUUGACCAAAUGAAAACAAGGUCCAAUCUGUAUCUUCCAAUGAAAACGCGAGCCCACCCAGAAGCUCAAAAACUCCGAAAAGAAGUGGAGAAAAUCAUACAAAGUGUGCAAGAAGAUGGUGAAGACUAUAAUGACGAUAAAUUCAAACAAUCGGAAGAGGAAAUCAGCACUGCAAAGCUUGCAAUUUCCCGUCCAUCGUUAGCGCCUCAUAUGACGAGGGACAGUAUCAUGAGUAACGCAAGUUCUCAUUCCACAAGGCCACGGCUUAAACUAACUGCAGAGAGGUUUAACAGCUACGAACAGCUCCAGAAGACAAAACCCCCAAAACCCCAGAUCCCCGAAAUCCUUAAAUCCCGCUACCUCAGUGCCGAAAAGAACCAGGCCAUCUGGGAGUGGCUACACCACGGCGAGGAGAUGACGGAGUUUGAGUUCUUUCUAUCGGUGUGUGGAUGAAAGUGGAGAGGUGGAUACGUAAGAGCUGCGGAAAUAAUGGAUUCUGUAACCGAUUCACGUGUUUAAUAUAUAUCAGUAUUGUGGACACACAUAAUGUGAUACUGUUCAGCAAUAUGUAAAGUUGAACUUGGGCAGCUCGAACAUCGGUCGAAGUGAUUUGGAAGUCCCAACCAUUUUUUAAAAAAAUGUUUUUUAAGCUUAAUAUAUUGAAUCUUCGAAUAUUUCGACCAUAUCGAGUUCGAGAUAACAAGGUUUGACUAUAAAUUGUAUACAAUAGUAAAGUAUAUCCCAAUACCUAUUACAUGUAUUAUGCGAGUCAAGGAUCAUUUAUUAUAUAAAUGUUUUAAAGGUAGUUUGACAAAUAUUUUUUGUGUGCUUCAUACAUAUUUCAUUCAUCUAGUCUUAUAUUGCCUUAUUGUGCCAA